UUUCAGUGCCGACGAAUCAUGUAAAUUUAUAGGGGAAAUGAUGUUGAAGAUGUACAUCAAUUCAAUAUUUUGCGAAGAAUGGCUGGUUAGCUUUAGCCUUUUUCCGUAUAGAGAAGAGGGACAGUCGCCAUUUAAUCUGAAUAUUUAACAGUGAAGUGACCUUGAUUGGAACGGCUGCCUACAUUCAUCUCUGUCGCAAAGAAGUGCAAAGCUCCGGACGUGUUGAACGAGGCCAGGUACGCGCGAAAAUUCCAGUUCCACGAUUUAUGUAGCCCAUGUAGCCAGCCUUUUCUUAGAGUAGCGUCUGGCUGCACUGAUUGGUUUAAACUAGUAGGCGGGGCCACGUGAUUUAUGAGGUCCAAUCAAGGCAUGCGAACAUUGAGUUCGCUUAGUCCUGGGUCGACCUGCCCUGUCCGCCAGCAUCAGUUUGCCUCCAACCAUCUACAAGUGAAUCCCGCUCUCCGGCCUCCUCCUGUGCUUUAUCCUAGUCAUCUUUGUGGGCGCUUUAUAUCUCCCGUCAGAUCAAGUAUGGCGACCGCAUGCCACGUUAGCGAACCAUCCAAGAAAGAGUAUAACGUUAAGGACCAGUACGCAAGGCCUGCAUUGGAUCCUUUCAAAAGAAGAUCUCCAAGUCUGUCUUCCCUAGGAAGGACAUUUCUCUCAGAAAUGGCCACAAACUCUUCACAUGACGUUACAAAAUCCAGGGAAGCUGCUGAGAAGGCAGAAGCGAUGCAAACUGUGUGCAUUUACUGCAAGAAAGAAUUUCCACCAGGCCCUGAGUACAUCUGUCAUCUGACUUUGUGCGUUGCUGUUAGACGUCCAAGGUUUGCUCUGGAAUUCCAGAGUGGCGACAUAACUGACGACGCCUACAGACGCCCAACCACAAUCAUCGCUCAAGUCGUGGACUGCACAGCCAUGAGGCCCUUUGGCGUGUCGAGGGUUUUAGCAGGCAAAUACCCUUUCGCCAGCCCAUAUACUGUCAGAAGACGUGUAGGGGCUUUCAACUGGGCAUGCCGCGAGUGCAGGGCUGCCCCGGGAUCAAUAGCUGUCUUCAGACCGAAGGGUAACGACCCAAUCGUUGCCAGCAUGUUCGCCCAAUUUUACAAAGGAAGGAACAUCGAAGAUAACGUCCUGAGCCAGAACGUCGUCUCCCAGUUGAGUCGGGUGUCGAGGAGCGAGCGCGAAAAAGGUUUAACAAGCGACGAUCACUUUUUGGAAGGCCUGCAGAGUGACACGCUCGAGAAUCGAGUCCGAUGGUUUCAACAAUGUCUGGGGAACUUGGCGAAGUUCUCGCGAAUGGCCUGGGUCCGCAGGAUCGUUUUUCCGUACAUGGUCGGGGAUGGGUUGUCGCUCGAGAUCUGGGAGAAGCACUAUGUUCCUGCUAUCAGGACCUUCUCCAAAGAAGUUUGCCGUUCUAAAAUUCAUGUCGUCGUUUUGGAUAUUGGCCAGAACAUGCAUUCAGCGUGUUAUAGAGUUGAAUAAUGAUGCAUGAGCAAUGACGCGCAGGACUUUUGGUUGGUCAGUGUUCCUGUCCUCUGACUGACAUCUAUAUACGUAUGGACUUCUGUUCAUUUGUGUUUUUACGAAUGUAAUAUUUUACAUACUGUCUUUAAAAAAAAUAACUUAUUUUUAACCGACUCAUUUAAUUUAGUAUCAACUUAAAAUCUGUUGUGUUUUAUUUCUGUCUAUACGGGUAGCUUAAUUUAUGACAUUCCUUGUAUGCAGUUGUUAUGGCAUAUCUAUAGUUAUAUUUUAA